UGGUCGUUUGGACGCUUAAAACUUCUGCAAACUGUUGAUUUGAAGUUUGUCAUGAAAAUCAAGCAGUUAUUGCAUGAUUGUGAAGGAUGGAUGCAGUUUCAGUUAACGCGUUUUCUAGUCUUGACAUAACUCUUCCUGUUUCUUUCCUGAAAGAGUCUCUGGUAGCUCAUGAUAGUGAAAAUGCUGAUGUGAUUCAAUGGGUUGCUAGAGGCGUAUCGUUUGGUAAUGAUAAUGUGACAACAAAUAUUGCAACCCAGUCUAACACUACUUGCAGUCAAAAUGAAGCAGACGGAACGCAAAAAGUUAUCCUGAUAUCUGUUAAGAGUGUUAAUUUCAAUGUCACAGAAGGUAAAAUCACUUGCAGUUUUUCAGAAGUUAGAAGAUCAUAUGGGAAGUGCAAUUCAGGAGGAUAUACCAGAACAAAAAGGGGGAAGUAACUGUGUAUAUGACACAAAUGUCAGUGCAAGUGAAUCAGUGGAUGCCAGCUCCCAUGUUAAAAUCGGAACAGAGUCGAGUUUUCCUCUUGCACAUACACCAGUCAAAAGGAAGAGAGGAAGGCCGCGUAAAGACUUAACUAACAAAGAAAACAAGGACAAUGAAACUAAAUCUGACUCUGUUUCAAUCCCUGCUACAAUUUCCAAUGACAAGCGUCGCUACGGUCUGAGGGGAGUUAAACUUUCAUCUGUGAUUAUGCGUGCUGAAAAGGGCAUAGGUGACAACGUAGAAGAAAAGAUUUAUCAGACAUCAGCAAUUAAAACUGAAAUAAAAACUGAAAUUGAUGCAGGAGAAACUUUAGUAUCAGAACCUGUUUCUACAGUACCAGCUGCUGAAGCUGUGAUUGAGUUAGCAAAAAGCAACAAUAUUGAUGAAGAGCAAGACAAGGACACUGUCAAUGGUGAAGGUUCACCUGAUAAUGAAUGGACACCGAAAAGGAAACCAGGAAGGCCUCGCAAAAAGUUCAAACUUGACUCACCUCGCAAAGUAAGAAAGGUCAUUGAUCUAGGGGACAAUAUUCCAGUGUAUAAGAGAAGGCAGAGAAAUAAUGUUCGAAGUAAAUCAUGCAAAUAUUGUGACAAAAAAUUUUGUGAUUACACCGGUGUAGACUGUCAUGUGCGACGUUGGCACCAAAAGGAAAAAGAUGUUGAUGAAUACUUAGAAAAACUUAAGGAACUUAAAGUUGAAACAUGUCGUAUUUGUAACACAAGGUGUACAGAUCGUAUUCAGCUACAAAUACAUGAGAAUAGAUUUCAUUUUAGAAAUGAAACGGUUAAAUGUAAAGUAUGUAAUAAAAUGUAUAAAAAUGUCCAAAGCCUCCGAAAUCAUACCCUGGCUGUACAUGGGGUGAAGGGGCAGCCACAUCUGUGCCAUCACUGUCCUGCCAAAUUUAAAUGGGCAAUGACCUUGAAACAGCACAUCGAGGAAAUACAUGAAGGAAAAAUGAACAUUGUCUGCAAAGUGUGUAACAAGAGGUUUGCAAGGAAAGCCCAGCUUACCCGACAUGAACGAAUCCAUGGAUCGGAUGAAUCAAAACGUCUAGUUUGUCCAACAUGUGGAAAGGGAUUCUGGUAUGAGUGUAAUUAUCAGAGGCAUAUCAGAAUAGUACAUGGACCGGUGAAGGAAAACUUCCAUUGCUCGUAUUGUGGAAAAGGAUUUAACCUUAAGAGUGCGAUGGUGAGUCAUGUUCAGAAGGUCCACCUCAAUAUAUAUCCAUUUCGAUGUCCUCAAUGUAAAAUAGGGAUGGGGCGAAGAAAACUUCUAGAGGAUCACAUGGCUCAGGCGCACAACAUGUCCGAUAUCCAAGUCCUCAGCGCGCAGAGGGGAAGGUUUAAGUAUGGACGCAACUCUGAAGAUCUCUUCUACUGCUCUCACUGUAGUCUCAGUUUCUGUUAUAAAACCAAAAUGGUUGAACACAUGCAUAUAGACCAUGGGACAGAGUUCCCAUUCAUGUGUGAACACUGUUGUCAGGGCUUCCUGGAAAAACACUUCCUAGUCAACCAUCUAAAGAAGGCGCACGGCUCGACACAGGAGGAGGAAUCCAUAUCUACCCCAACACAGUCCGAGGAUACACUCCAACAGGAGAGAACUGUCCAGGAUGUUGGUGACAAUACAGAACAACAGGCAGACGACUGUGUUGAGUACAGCGAGUCAGUGGAAGUUACUGAGGUGGAGACCGGAGACACCUUGGCAGAGGCAGCCUCUGUCUUGCUUGAGGUUGCUAGCGGUAACAACACUAUCCACUAUGUUCAGUUACAAGAGGAUGGGGAGACUGCAGUCGUGUCGCAAGAAUUGUCCAGUCUCCUUCUGGCUGCUGAACAGUCGCUUCAGCUGUCCGAGGCAGGUGAAGUGGAACUGAGUACGUCUGAUGGGCAAACACUGACCUAUAUUCCACAGGGGGUCAGCAUUGGUGUUGGAGAUCUCCAGACUGUCAGCUCCAAUAUUGUCAUAGAUAAUGUUCACAUGGAAACUGAAGUCUGCUCAAAUGAUGUUGAAAUCUCCGACGAUAACAUCAAAUUUUCUUCCAUUGAAAUGGACACUCCUUCCAACAGUGUUGAAACAUCAUCCAGUACUGUGGAUUGUUGAACAAUGAAUGCUUCAAGUUGAUCAGCUGUUAAUGAUAUAAAAUACCUGAUAUAUUGCAGCAUUUCAGAUUUUGAACUGUUUUAAACGAAAACAUUUUUUCUAUCAAUAUUUUUUGUUCUUUGAAAUUUCUAUCUACUUGGGGACAGGAUAUGAUUUCAGAACAAAGUCCAAAGUAAAGUUUUUGUAAGUGUUUAAUAAUGUUUUUUGUCUUUUCAACUAUUGCAAUUUAUAUAAUAUAAUUAUCAUUAUAUGGAUUAAGAUUUGAUAAUGUCCCAAUAAAACUCAACCUUUGAACAAGAGGCCCAUGGGCCUUAACGGUCACUUGAGUUUUGAAAUAUUUAAGUUAAUUUAAUUGACCAUAUUUGACCCCGCCCAUCAGUCCAAGGGGUCAGUUAGGGCUAACAAGUGCAUACAAUUGAGCUGUCAUCCAAAGCUUACUAUACCUUCCCAUGGGCAAACAUGAGACGCCAGUGUCAUGAAAUUCACAAUUUUGUUAAAACACCUUAAUACCCUUCGAAUUUCCAUCUAUGAAAAGUAUUUGAUUUUAUCUUAUUUGGGUCUUGAGAAGAAGUUUCUUGAAAUUUCAGUUAAUUUGACCCUUUUUUCUUUGAUUUGUGAAGGUUUCUAUUAUGUGAAAUAUAAUAUUCAUAAUUUUUAAUAUACAUUUUGUAUUUCAAUUACAUACUUGAGUUUGAUUUUGAGCGGGAUCCAAACUUCAAUAUGGCUGCUGAGUGACCAUUUUGUAAUUCAGCUCCUAAAACGAUUGUCUGAAAUUAUAUUUUAAAGAAUUUAUCUAGUAGAUAUUGUCCAUUGUUAAAUAUAGGCGAGUAAUACCAAUACCAUGAUGUGAAGAAAAUGUGUAUAAUGUAGAAAGCAUGUAUUCUGUAUCUCUGAUAUAAAUCUGCUAGUGCAAGCGGUCCGGGUAUAUGUAGUAAGGUCUGAGUAGUUGGAGAAUCUAAGUUCUUGGUGUCAACUGAUUGUCAAAGUAAAUAUUAGAUCUUCACACAGCAUGUUAGCGUAAAUGUUUGGAUAACUAUGUUCAGGUAAGAGAAAAAUACUGUCAAUACUUGUAUACAGAAAUAUUCUGAAUUUGUAUUCUGAUAUGAUUGUAUCAUCAACAAGGGCCUGUUGGAGGGCCACAACAUACGCCCGCCGCAAUAUUUGACACUUGGAAGGGGGUAGUUUAACAGGUUGUAAUGCUUUAAAAUGAAGUAUCAUUGUUGGAAAGUUGGA